AUGGCAACGCUCAGGGCCAUGAUGGUGGUCACCACCAUCGCCCUACGUGGUUGUACAGCAUUGGAGGCCCCAUGCGGCAGGCAGGAGCUCAGCGAGUGCUGGCAGCAGCCAUGUGAGACAAGGGAUUUUAGGGCGGUCGAUGUCAAGACGGCAGUACAACAAAUAUCUCGUUACUUAGAGGACACAAGCAACGAUGCACCUCAGCCAAGAGCAUUGCAAAGGGUGAUCGCAGACGAGCUCAAGCUCACUCAACAGCUAGCGGCUGAUUUUGACGCCAAAGACGAGGAGGACGAUUUCAGUGGGGUAGACCAUGGCUCCAGAGCUGAGGUUAGAGGCGCCAUGGCAGCAAUAACUCGUUACCUAGUACAGUACAGAUGUUUAGUUGUCUUUCACAAUGGAAGUGAUGACAAGGUUGACUUGACUAGCUGUGGCAUUCCACAACCUGAAAUCUUCAAUACUAAGGUAUUGUGGACCUCACAGAGGAUGGCUUCACCUCAAAGAGAAAUUCGCCUCAAGGUAGAGAAUUCACAACUUUAUAUUUAUGCUUAUGAUGACCUUCACGACAACUGGAAUGCAUACCUUGAGGAAGAUGCUAGAGAAAUCGCUUUGCACAUGUAUAAGCUUGGCCUUGGAGUUACACCUAAAAUAGCCACAGAGUGUUGCUUGUACCUAUUGUCGUUGAAUAACCAAGGAGGAGGACAGGACAACCAGACAUGGAGGGUUGCUCAUGCUCUGCAGCAGCAUAUAAGACUAGAAGACUACUCAUCCAAUGCAGAGCCAGAGCUUAUGUGGUCUGUGGAGAAAUUGGAUCUUUCCUCAAAACAAUGGAUUUCUAUUACUGAAUCAUAUUUCAAAGAGGUUGCUCCAGAUACAACAACAUUGUUCUUUGCACCCGACAAGUCAAGUCCACGAGCAGUAUCAUUACCUAGUGACAAGUUCCAUAAAGCAGAUCAACUCCGGGUGCUGAAGUUAUGUGGAUGUACCUUCAGCUUUUCAUCACCUCCAUUCCAUUGCUGCCACAACUUAAGAUUCCUUGGACUGGAUAGAUGCAAAGAUGAACUGCAACAAGGGGAGGAGGAGGAGGAGGAGAAAACAGGUGAACCAGCGGUGGAAAUUUUUCAGCGGCUAUGGGUGCUAGAUGUAUGCCACACGGAUUGGCCAUUGCCUUUUCCCCCAGAAACAGAAGAGCAAGUGGUGGCUACAGACAUUAGAGAGGUUCAUAUAACCAACGGAAGGAUUUGGACCAGCAACCUUGCAUGGAGACGCCUGCCGAACCUUCACAAGCUCCAAGUAGUUGAGCCCACAAACCCUUGGGAGACAGAAAGAAGAGAUGAAUUCAUGGCUAUGGUGAAUCUGGAGCUCCUUGACCUAUCUGGGAACAGCACCAUACAAGUCUUGCCGAGCCUUUCGGGUGCAACACGCCUCAAGACACUGAUUCUAGAUGGUUGUGUUGGGUUGGAGCAUGUUGACCCUCAACAACUCCCUCCAUCACUUGAAUCAUUCUCAUUGAAUACCGCAGGAGAAGAUGAGGAUCUCCAGAAGAAGAAUGUUGAAAUAUCUUACAUCAGCUUGGCUGGGUGUGUAAGAUUAGCAAACUUUAUACUGCGUGGGUCACUGCCAAACCUUGAGGAGCUGGACCUCUCGCACACAGCAAUCAAAAUCCUUGACCUUGGAGAGGUGGUUGAAGUAAAAAAUCUUCAGCGGCUCUUCUUGAUGGGAUGCGGACAGCUCCGCUCAAUUUCUUGGCCCAAAACCGAAAUGUACAAAGUAAGGCUGUUGUGCAUUGACACUAGAGCAGGAGGAGAGCUGGACAAUAGAAAAACAUGGCAGUAUGAUUCUUUAAUGGUCUACCAGCACGACGAAGUAAAGGAGUAUUGUCAUGCAUCUGUUGCCGUUGCAGACAUGAGGUUCCUUCAGUCCUUGGAGUUUCUUUGGACAAGGGAAACCAUUCGAUGUGAUAAGUGGAAUCUCUGCUUGUCAUCUACCAGCGAUGAUGAUGGAAGAGGCUGCCACAAGGAAAAGAUGGGCAGUCAUUAUAGCACUGGACAGCUAGCUGCUGCUCUGUCUCUGCCCAAGUCAUUAACCUACCAUGACAUCAGCAUUGAACAGAUAUCUGCAGAGAUCGAUAUCAGCAGUAGCAGCAGCUCAGAGCAAUUUCUGCCACUAGACUUGAACAUGGACAUUGGCGAGGGAAUUAGUGACGUCACCGACAAGUCCAGCACGCGGGCAAGGGAUGCAAUACGUAAUGUGAUGAACAGUGUGCAGUCGUUGCACGUGCACGACAGUUCUUCCAUCACCAGUGUUGCGCCUCAACACAUUUUAAUGAAUGGGCUCAAGUGGUGCUGCGUGGAGAGAUGCCCCAAGUUGGACAUUGUCUUCGCCACUAACUAUUACUGGAGAUGCUUUUCUAAUUUCGAAAUCUUUUGGGCGGCUCAUCUCUUGAUGGCCCGUUCUAUUUGGAGCAGACCAAGAAAUCCAAGGUUGCAUGCAAGUGAAUUAUCGUUUACACAACUGCGGGCUAUUCAUCUGCACUUCUGCCCGAGGCUCAGAUAUGUCCUCCUGAUGGCUUCGAACAAUACCUUAUCCAAGGUCUUCCCCGUGGAGCAAGAGUUCCUAGAGAAAAUAGCGGCCAGACAUGAAAAAGGCAUGCUGGGAUUCCCAAACCUCAAGAGCCUAUACCUGUAUGAUCUCAUCAGUUUGCAACAGAUCUGUGGGGCAAAGAUGUUUGCUCCCAAGCUCGAGACCAUCUAUAUCAGAGGCUGCUGGGGCCUGAGGCGUCUCCCGGCCACUGACAGUCGCCGCCGUGAAGAUGGCCGCCCUGUGGCCGUGGACUGCGAGAAGGAUUGGUGGGAUAAUCUGGAGUGGGAUGGGAUGGAGUCUGGCCACCACCCCUCCCUCUUCCAGCCGAGCCAUUCCAAGUACUACAAGAGGCGUCACCUGAGGAGCACGGUUCUCCGCUGA